UAGUAGCCGACUCGGCAAAGACAAUCCUGAACAGUUGUAGUGUUGGCGUCCCGGAUCCAGCGUCCGUCGUUAGCUGUGGUCGUUAGCGAAGGGCAGUUGCACUACGCGGAUGCUAACAUAUAGAACGCUCAAGCUUUUGUGACUACUACGGCUGCUGAAAUAUGUCGACCGGUUACCACCUGUUCCUGGCGGUCGCCGCCAUCUUGUCUCACCACGUCCAAAGUGCCGACAUCCUGGUCGCCACGCUGACGUUCGGCAGCCCCUGGCUGGACGUGGCGAAGAUUGCCGAAGUCUUGGCUUCCCGAGGACACGACGUCACCGUGUUGGCCCACGCUAGUCAGAAGAGCGACCUCAUGCGGAAAUGGCCGAACUUCCGAUACGAAACAUUCGGAGAUCCUGGAAAACCGCCGUCGAUUAAGGAAGUCAUGAAAACCGUGCCUCCAAAGGCAUUUUCUUCAACUGGGCUGUUAGACCAGGUAACUGCUGGCAAAACCGUGCUUUUCGCUACGCUGAGCCUAACUGAAGAGACACUGAGUGACACACAACUACUCAGGAAACUGAAGAACAGCCACUAUGACGUUGUCCUGACAAGCCCUAGUGUCUCUAGUGGGCCCCUCGUGGCGCAGUACCUGGACCUGCCGCUAGUCUGCAUAACGAGGUCAUUACCUUCCGGACAAGACAUCCGAGCCACCGGUGUCCCCAAUCCUCUCGCCUACGUGCCAACAGUGUCGUCAGGUCUGUCAGACAAGAUGACGUUUUUCCAGAGAGUGAAGAACGUCCUGGUUUAUUUCGUAGCGACCACUGUGGGACAGAUGGUUCUCGACAAGACUUUCGACGAUAUUGCAAAAAGAACUAUUGGGGACAAUUAUACCAUGUCUGCUGCUCUUGCAAGAACCGACGUGUGGCUCUACGACUCAGACCUCAUGUUCGACUUCCCAAAACCCAUGAUGCCAAAUAUGGUCAGCAUACAUGGUCACAUGGCUGAGCGUGUCAAGCCGCUCACCGAGGAGCUUGAGAAGUUUAUGCAGAGUUCUGGAGAGGACGGGAUUGUGCUGGUAACGUUCGGUUCCAUGAUAGCGGCUAUGCCUGCAGAGAAAGCCGACAUGCUGGCCGCUGCUUUUGCCCGCCUGCCGCAGAAGGUCGUGUGGCGAUACGCCGGGACGCCUCCGCCAAGUCUGGGGACCAACACCAGGACCAUGGAGUGGGUGCCUCAAAGCGACCUGCUUGCUCAUCCCAAGACAAGGGCGUUUGUGUCUCAUUGUGGCUUCAACGGAGUAGCAGAGGCCAUGUACCACGGGGUGCCCGUGGUCGGCAUGCCGCUGUGGACCGAUGCUUAUGACAACAUUGCCCGGAUAGUGGCCCGUGGGAUGGCGGUAUCACUGGACAUUCACACCGUAACGUCGGAGGAGGUGUACCAAGCCAUCACUACCGUUAUUUCAGAUCCCAGUGAAGAGGCACUGAGUGACACACAACUACUGAGGAAACUAAAGAACAGCCACUAUGACGUUGUCCUGACCUACCCAAGUGUCUCCUGUGGGCCCCUCGUGGCGCAGUACCUGGACCUGCCGCUAGUCUGCACAACGAGGUCAUUGCCUACCGGACAAGACAUCCGAGCCACUGGUGUCCCCAAUCCUCUCGCCUACGUACCAACAGUGUCGUCAGGUCUGUCAGACAAGAUGACAUUUUUGCAGAGAGUGAAGAACGUCUUGGUAUAUUUCGUAGCGACCACCAUGGCACAGGUGGUUUUCGACAAGAUUUUCGACGACAUGGCACAAAGAACUAUUGGCGGCAAUUAUACCAUGUCUGCUGCUCUUGCAAGAACCGACGUGUGGCUCUACCAAUCAGAUCUCAUGUUCGACUUCCCCAAACCCAUGAUGCCAAAUAUGGUCAGCAUAGCGGGUCACAUGGGUGAGGGCGUCAAGCCACUGAAUGAGGAGCUGGAGAAAUUUAUGCAGAGUUCUGGAGAUGACGGAGUUGUGCUGGUAACGUUCGGUUCCAUGAUAGCGGCUAUGCCCGCAGAGAAAGCCGACAUGCUGGCCGCUGCUUUUGCCCGCCUGCCGCAGAAGGUCGUGUGGCGGUACGCCGGGACACCUCCGCCAAGUCUGGGGACCAACACCAAGACCAUGGAGUGGGUGCCUCAAAGCGACCUGUUAGCUGAGGCCAUGUACCACGGGGUGCCCGUGGUCGGAAUGCCGCUAGUGACCGAUUCUCAUGACAACAUUGCCCGGAUAGUGGCCCGUGGGAUGGCGGUAUCACUGGACAUCCACACCUCCACGUCGGAGGAAGUGUACCAAGCCAUCACUACCGUUAUUUCAGAUCCCAGGUACAAGGAGAAAGCCAGCAAGGUCUCCACGCAUCUUCGUGACCAACCACAGUCGCCCAUGGAGCGGGCAGUCUGGUGGAUAGAACACGUGAUCAAACAUGGCGGCCUCCCUCAUCUCAGGUCGAGGGCAGCCGAACUUCCCUUCUACCAGUACUAUCUGUUAGACGUUAUGGCCCUGAUUUUGGCAGUUAUAUCUGCUGUGUUGUUGUCUUGUUGGAAGUGUUGUUCGUUUGCAUGUGGCAUGUGCAAGCGGGGUAAGACUAACAUCAAACUGAAAAGUCAUUGACCGUUUACAAGAUUCUUCUUUUCAAAAGCUAAAGAGCAAUGACCGACAGCACGUUUUUAAGGUCAUUGCGUUUGGAGUGACGUGUGCACAGAAGCAAAGAAAGGAGGUAUUUAGUGGCUUGUUUGUUUGUUUAUUUGUUUGUUUACGAUGUUGAUUUUAUCAAAUGCAUAGAAAGUAGUACUUGUAUUUCACAAUCAAUUAACAAUAACGUUAAAAGUCAUCGACCUCAAUUUGUUCAAUAAAAUGUUUACAAACUCCUAUGUAUUUAUCUUUUUGUUCAAUAAAUGAGAUACAGCAUUAAGCAUGAAACCAA